AUGAGCUGGCAGCUGCUUCGCGACAACCCCUCCCCACCCCACCCGCACCGCACCGCAACCCUCAACCUCCUCCAUCUCCCUCCCCCACGCACGCCUUCCUCAUCCUCCACCUCCCACGCUCGUUCCCCUCCUGUGUUUCCUCCCCCUCCCCUCUGUCUCUCGCUUACGACUCUCGCCACUCGCAAAGCACUUGCUCCUUCUCAACAGCGGAAUGGCGGCCGUCACAUAGGGAGGCAGGGAGGCGAAGGGCUGCGCUAUCCCCCGCGCUUCCUUCCGCAUUCCACCCGCUUCCGCCGCACCUUGCUGAUUCCCCCAUCCCCGCGCAUUCUUUAUUCCCCGCGCAUUCCCCGCUCCCCGCGCAUGGCGUUUCCCCGCGCCAGGCUCGUGCUGCACUGGAGGGCGACCAAUGGGCGGACGAGCAUGGCCGUGGUUGCAUCGGGUGCUAAGACCACGGGGGGUGGUUCGCCGUGGGCUCUCCCUGCGCUAUCCUCCGCGCUCCUUCCUCAUCCCCCUCGCUCCACCCGUUUCCGGCCCCCUCUUCCCGCACAUUUCCCCCUCCGCGCGCCCCACCUCAGGCUGGUGCUGCACUGGAAGGCCACCAAGGGCCGGACAAUCAAGAUGGCCGUGGUGGCUUCGGGGGCCAAGGCCGCGGGGUGGUUCGCCGUGGGCUUCUCUCCCAAUGGCGGCAUGUCGGGCAGCAACGCCAUCGCCACUGAUUCCUCGGGCAGCCCGGUGACGAAAGAUCUCGUCGGGCAGUCGUCGGCGGACGAUGCGGCGUGGACCGUCGGAUCAGGCUCGAUCUCCACGUCUGGCGGCAAGGUCACUAUGAACACUCUCCAAUCCGUAUACCUCCCCCUCUCUCUCCCUUCCUUCUCCCUGGAUCUCUCUUCUCUCGCUCACCAUCUUCUCACCUGUGCUCCUCGUUCCCGCCCCGCCCCCCAUACCAGGUUCACAAAAAUGAAGGGUGACGGCGCGUCUGUCAAGGUGAAGGCCGGCAACGACAACAACAUUGUGUGGGCGUUUGGCGAUGGUGACACUGUCUCUGUCCACAAUGGAGCGUAA